AUCGCCAGAGCGGAUGUGUGGGUGUCCAGGGGCCGAGCGCAUGCUCCGUUGCGGUGUUGGGUUCUUUGUAUUGGGAACGUGGAGGCCACCAUCAUAACGGCAGAAUGAAACAGUUCAAGAGGAAGAGGAAAAGCAAUUUUACAAUGAAAGAAACUGAAACCUUGUUGAAGGAAGUGGAGGACAGAAGAGAUAUAAUUUAUACCCAACAACAUGAUGCAAUAACCAAUGAGUUAAAAUGGAUGGCUUGGAAGGAGAUAGCUGAAAAAGUCAGUGCUGCAAGUGGUGGUGAACAACGCACUGCAUAUGAAGUGAAGAAGAAAUAUACUGAUUUAAAGUGCUACUUGAAGAAGAGAGGAGAAUGCUUGGAUAGGAUGGAAGCUAUGAUGACUGACUGUAGUCCGACUUCAAUACAUGGUUUUAAUCACAGUGCUGUCAAUGGUGAAACAUCUUGUAAGUUUGACGAUUCAUUCUUGAUUGAUGAACCCAGUAGACCUGUUUGUGUAGUUAAAGUGGAAGAUGGUGAUGAUCACGUGGAAGAAGAGGAGGAACUGGGACUGCAACAUACAGAGUUUAGAAAUGUGGCUGAAGAACCCAGUGUACUCACAAGUCCAUUUCCUACUGUUCGACCGCUAGAAGUAAUUGACAAUUAUUCAGAGGCGGAAGGAUGCUCUUCAAGCUCUGAUCAACCUGCAGUGGAGAAUUGCAAUUCUCAUGCAGUCUUCUUUGUAGAGAAACAGCGUUUAGAGUUGGAAAAACAACGCGUAGCCCUUGAAUCUGAAAGACUACAGGUGGAAAAAGAGCGCUUGCUUAUUGAAAAAGAAAAGCUGCGUUACUUAGAUAUUGAAAAUGAACGCCUGCAGCUGGACAAGGAACGCUUACAGCUAGAAAAAGAACGCUUGCACAUCAAGAGAGAGAAGUUGAAGCUAUUGACUUUGCAACCCCACAAGUUACCACCAGUGAAGGAAUGUGACUCAUUGACUGAAAGAACAAAUUUAAAGUCAGUGGAUAUCGAAGCAGAAAGGUUGAAAUUGGAGAGAGAACGUUUGCAUUUAAAGAAAGAAAGACUGCAGUUCUUGAAUAUUGAGUCUGAAAAGCUGCAAAUAGAGAAAGAACGACUGCAACUUGAAAGAGAACGUUUGCAGUUACAAAAAGAUUGCCAAAAACAAUGAUUCCACUUAUUGGAUCAUUUUUAUUUUUAACUCACACUAAUGUAAACUAAGUUGUCCUUUCUUUGAAAAUUUAUCAGCCAUUACUUUCCCACAAUCUAUGAAUGCAACUUAUAUAUUUUUUAUCUGUGCAUAAUAGCGUGUUUUCUCAGAUUUGGUUGCAAAUUUUACCUCGAAUUUUGUCAACACUUCCAGACAUACAGACAUCUUACUUUUAAUAUUAAAUUUUCCCUUUGAAAUUCAAAUUAUUUAAAAUAUGUCUGCUGUGCAAGAUAUAAAAUGUUAAUUUAGAUGUUAAUUUUGAUGGUGUUCGUUUCGGUUGAACUGUUACUAGAAUUUAUUUAAUGAAAAGACAUUUUUAGCCGUAAGAACAAUAACUUCUAAUAAUUAAUCUCUCAAAGACAGUGCUGAGUCUUAACAACUCUAUUAAAAGUGGUUUAUUUUCCUUCUUUGGUUCACUGCCCAAAAGCAAUUCUGACUCACAUGCUGCAAACGCCAUCAUGGUUAGGGCAUGGAAGCAUCCAUCCCAGAGGAACUAAGAAUCAGACCAUGUAUUGUUGGCACCAAUCUGAUCCACAUAGUCCAUUAGCUAUUUUAGACAUCCAAGAAUUCUAAAUUGCUGUGGUAUCAUGCAAUUUCACGUGCAUGUUAUACCCCAGAGCCAUUAAUCGUGAUGCUAGAAGGUCCAAAUUUCUUCCCAUCGCAUGCUUGGCCACAAAUCUCACCCAUUCUUAUCACCUCCCAUUGGUACAUGCUGGAAAACUUCUGCAGAUUGGUAUUAAAAUCUCUUUGGCCAUGUUGUGAAUGUACCUGCCUUGGCCAUAAACUCCUCGAUGGGACGUGUACUUCUGGCUUAAAAACAGUGUGCUACUCACUUCUCCACAGAAUUCCUUGCAAGUUGAUUGUACACUAAUAAUUUGCAAUUUGUGCAAUAAUCUUUUUAAUAUAAUUUUCAGGCUAGUGUGUGUAAAAACCCUCAAUAAUCCUUUUAUUAUCAUUGGUGCAUCUGGGUUUUGAGUUGAUGCCUGAAACUUCACCCAGGAAUUGUUAAUUGCAUGAUUCCCAGUUGCCUAGAAUGUUUUGUACUGCUAAAAUACAAAAAAACUUUGAUCAUAUUUGUUACUUAUAAGAUAACACUUUUACUGAAGAAGUGACUACUUUUAGGAAGAUUUUGAUCUGCUGUGCACUAAAUAGAUUCAACCCCUGCACACAGAAGUGAAAAUGGGUUGUUAUACUCCACUGUAUUAGCUGGUUCUUGUCACUAGAGUGCAACAGCGGCAAUGAAAGAAACAGAAAAUUCAUCUUUCUUUACAAUACGGUCAAAUGAGAUUGGAAAAUUUUAUUUUAAAUGCCUGGUGUUACAGAAUCCAACAGUAGCCUUACUACACUUUUUUGAAACUGUGAUUAACAAGUAAUUCAAAGCUGUUUAUUUAAAAAUGUCUGAGUUAAUUUGUUGAGUAUUCGAACAAUACACCUAAAUGGCUUUAAUUUGCUGAUUUCAGAUGAGAAACCACAGGAAAAAGUAGCUUUAGUUUCUGUGGGUCAGGGAGAGAAGAUUUGGCUGAGGCUUGUACUCUGUUUACUCCCCAGCCUCUUCCACUGGAAAGUGUGUUGUAUUUGAUACGAUUGCCACUCCACAACUAAUAUACACAACCUCUACCUCUAGUUUUGAUGAUUAAUUUUGUUUACAUAUAACUGUUAACUAAAAAUAAUUUGUAAUGACAUUAGUCUGCAGUACUGGGAUGAUCUCACUUCAGUAAUCAAGUUUGUUGUUAGUGUGCAGUAAGUUUUAAUGCGGUAUAUUUGCACAAUAUGAAAGUAGAAGAGUGGGUGAAAGAUCCUUGCAUAUUAUUUGAAAAAUUACACUGUGUUUUGGGUUAGUUGAGGGCUGAUUGUUAACAGUUCCUUCUGUUACAUUUCAUCUGUAUACAUUUCAAUCUGCUGCACUAUUCAGCUUUUUAACCUAAUGCAAAGAAAAUUCUUGAUUUAGUAUUUUCGACUACAGGACUAACUACAGUAAAUAGUUACAGAGUAUUUACUGAUUAAUUUACUGACUUUUCUGUAACCACUAGGGUAAGGUUUUCCCAAUUAGAAUGUAUGCUUUCAGGAAGACUUGGUGAAGAUAAAGUCUGCACUCUACAGAUAUACCCCUGGAUUAUUGAAAUUCUGUAAUUUUUUUUAUAAUGUUGUAAUAAGCAGUUUUAGUCCAGUAACAACUGUCAACUAUCAGAAACGGAAACAAAUAAUCCAACUACAAGGUAUUGACAUGGUGUACAUAUAGUUUUAGGAAUAAUGUGAAUUAAAGGAAGUUUCGUGGUCCAAAGCAUUUCUACUUUCUGAUCCAAAUGUGUAAUUUAGAAAAAUAUCAUAGUUUCUUUUAAAGGAUGAAUGUUUGACUUUAAUCACCAGUUAUUAGUAGGAAUAGUAUUCAAAUAUUUAGGAUGGUCUAAAAUAGUUUUUUAAAUGCAUAAAUGUGUACUAGUAUUAUACACAAUAGACUUUCCAAACUGUUUAACCCUAACUUUAUCAAGUAUUAUCAAGGAAAUUUGCAAUAAGGGGAACCGAGCCAUAUAAAUCAGAAUAGUUUCAGGUUAAUGCCAUGUGCAGGGUUAACUUAAUACAACCGUUACCAUUUCUGGGACACUUCUAGUGAUCCUCGUGUUUCUGGGUUGAAGAAGAAAGAAGGUUUGCUAGAUUUCAAACUGGUACAUGUAUAAUAGUCACCUGAGCAGAGAAUUGGACUCAUUCACUCUGAAAGCCCCCCACUCCCCAGUCACAUAACAGCCUGUGCUUCUCUAUGUUCUCAAAUGGAAAAUGACUAUGCUAGUGAAGUGUUGCGGGCAGCCAUUGUCUGUGGUCUACAGUAUGUGUUCAUGUCUCCAGGAGAUGAAGGAACACAAUUUGGGGAAAGAAUUCUAACCAAUUGGUGGAUGUGGAUUUUUAUCUUAUAAAUCUUGCAGCAACAGGCGAUCCUGAGUAGCCCAAUUCUUGCAACCUAGGCAAUGCAGUUCUUUUUGUUAUUUAUCAAUUUAACUUUUUGGAUUAUGUCAGUCUAUGGGUUCAGAAAGGGUUCUUCAUUGUACUGUUGCCUUAUUGGCAAAUAAUCCAAGAUCAAUUGUUAUAAAUUUGAGCUGUAAGCAGUUUUAUGAAAGCGAUCUUUUAAUCUUAAGAUGUGCUUCCAAAGAUAUGGUAUACACCCAUGUGGCUCCUGAACAAACCUGGUUUGGACAUUGGUGGCCUAAUGGAUGAAACUACUGAUUUGCUGCUCAAGGAGCAAUACUUGUACAGUGUG